AGCUUUCAAGCAAAUUAAGAGUGAUUGAGAGAGGCUUUGUUGUGAGUUACAGACUGGUGAGUGAAAUCUGCUGUCAAGUGGUUGUUGUGUGAGAUUUUGUGAGGUACCAAUCCAAGGGUGAGAGAAAUCUGCUGUCAAGUAGUUGGUGUGUGAACUUUUGAGUGGGAUAUCAAGAUGAGUGAAUGCAGCAGCUUUGCACAAGUGUGCAUACCGAAAUUCGAUGGAGACUUUGAACAUUGGAGUCUCUUGAUGGAGAAUCUCCUUAGAUCUAAGGAGUAUUGGCAGGUUGUAAAUGAAGGAAUCAAGGAGCCUGCUGCAGGAGAGCAGUUAUCAACAGUAGAGCUCAAUUCUCUGGAGGAUUCUAAGUUGAACGAUUUAAAAGCUAAGAAUUAUCUUUUCAGCUCAAUUGUCAAGGUAAUUCUUAAGACUAUCACUAAGAAGAAUACUGCAAAAGAAAUUUGGGAUUCCAUGAAAUUGAAAUUCCAUGGUAGUGCCAGAGUUAAAAAAGUUCAACUGCAAACACUUAGAGGAAAUUAUGAGUUGCUUGAAAUGAAAGAGGAAGAUACUAUUACAGAUUACUUUGGGAGAGUCAUGGUAGUAACUAAUGCGAUGAGAAGUUGUGGAGAAGAUUUGACUGAUGUGCAGACCGUGGAAAAGAUCUUAAGAACUUUGACUGCAAAGUUCAAUUAUGUGGUUUGUUGAAUAGAAGAGUCUAAGGACAUUGAAUUACUGUCAAUUGAUGCCUUGCAAAGUUCAUUGAUUGUACAUGAACAGAAAUUUCAUAGGAGAGAUGUACUUGAGGAAGACCAAGCUCUCAAAACUACUCAUGAGUUUUGAGUAAGGGGUCGAGGAGGAAGAGGCUGGAACAAGGAGUCUGUGGAAUGUUUCAAGUGUCAUAAACUUGGACACUAUAGACAUGAGUGCCCAUAAUGGUACACAAAUCAG